AUGUUUUCAAGUUUCACUCGUCAAAAUCUGCCGCAGCAGAAUUAUACAUCACGGGAUCCAUCAUCAUCAGGAAAUGAUUUGGAGACGGGCCGGCAGGAUCAAUCUCGCACGUUUCCCCUUCGCGCUGGAGGACGGCUAAAGAAAGGGAUUAAAAAUCCGGAAUAUGAUUUCAGGCACUUGGCGAAAAGGCGGGACCCUCAACUGACGGAAAAUCUGUUCUGGUAUCAGGAAUUUGGAUUUAGAUCCUCAAAUCCGUACUGGUAUAGGUUCUCUAGGGGAGAUAUUUUUGCGACCUGUUUGGUAAAACUGCGGUCAACUUUAAAACACUCCACAAGUUCUUCAGGGUCCUAUUUGCAGAUAUGCAUCAUUAAUACUUCCCCAGUUCCAGAAGAAACCCUCCCUUGGCUAGCCCGGCAGCUUGCCUCAAGUCUUGGGCGUCUCAAUAGCAUAUUAGCUUUUCCACGACUUGCGGUAGGAAUCGAAGUCGAGCAGGCUUGGGGAGGAUUGACUGAUUGCACUUACAAAGGCAUCGAACAGGCAGGAGAGUUAGUGAAGGUUGAACAACUUUCGCUUCCCGAGUUUCGGCGUCAAUUUCUUUCUCAUACGUUCUCGAAUUGUGGGUGCAAGUCAUUUAGAGUUGCUCAGAUCUCGAACUACACCUCAAAGGGACAGGUGCGGGAGACAAACUCAGGUAUAAACCAGGCUCAGCCAAAGCAUUCGGAGGCGCGAGCUUUGGGGAUACCAAGGUUUUCCAUCGAACUUCCAUCAAAAGGACGUCAAGAAACAUCUUCGCUAGCAAAAGCCCAACUCGCCCAAUGCUGUCGAAUCUUCGACCGCGCCACGGCCUCAUUCAGCUUCAGCUGGCAGCGUUCCGCCCCUCGAUAUACCGAAGGAUUUAAUUCAUUUCUAUGGGAACAACACAGUAUGCCUCCAUCAUGUUCCUAUGCCGAGAUAUUCUACCAAGACGACCGAGCAUUUCCUGGACCUCGGAGAGUACUUAUGACGGCGAGCAACAAUACCAACUCAGAAACUUCAUUUCGUACCACACCUCUUCUUGAGGACUUGAAAUUCUUUUUGAAAACGAGGAGGCCGGAUGAUCCCCAGGUGUGGCCGUUCAUGCUUUUAUUGCAGUCGAAUCCACAGACCGAUGGCUAUAAUCUUCUCCCACUCUUCAUAUUAUUCGAGGAGAUAAUUAGUGAUACAGCAAUAUUUUUGCAGCAGGUUACGGAUGAGAUUACGAAAUUGUCCUUCGCAGGCCGCAACCGCGCAUCAACCUCCAAAGUCCAAUACCUCUGUCACGCAGACGACUGCCGCAAAAGUGCGCUCCUAGGCGUAUCGCAUGCGUAUUCCAUUUUACGCGAUCUCUCCUCCAUCAUCAAGAAGCGUCGACGUCCAGAACAAAACGCAUCACCCUCGAUCAUAGCCGAGUUUCUUAAGGAGAAGAGGGCCGAUAUGGAGUUUUUGAUGGAGCAGCUAGAGGAUCACUUGACGGACAGAAUUAGAGCUGAGAGUAUACAGGGGAUCCUCUGCAUGAACGUCACCUCCCCAUCCUCGAUCUUCCAGUCCACCCGGGCAUCCAACUUCAUCCAAACACCUCAAGCCGCAUCUCUAGUUGCAACACCGAACAACAUGUUUGCCAACAUCGCUCGCCAAGUAACUGUCACCCAAACAUCCACCCUGUCACAACCGACCGCCACUUUAGCACCAGAGAUAUUACAACUCGAAACCUACACCGAGGGCCUAACCAGCGCGACCAACUCCCUCUCCUCAACUCUCUCCUCCACAAAACCAUAUACCUUUCCCUUCAUCAUCCUCCUCAUCUCCCUCCCGAUACUACCCGCGCUAUCUCUUUUCGUUCCCCUCACAGGCCCAUCACUCAUCCGCAUAUUGCUUCAAAACACCCACCGAUUACGAAAAUCGUUAUUCUUCAAACCGUUGGUGUUUAUAGCAUACUACCUAGCCGUUUUCUGGCUCGUGCCACUCACCACCACUAAACACCCAAAUCUACACAUACCCUCCCUAAGCCGGACUCUGGGAGCAGGUAAUAACCCGGUAUCUCUGCUCUCAUUCUUCGUUUCCCUCACGGUCACCACACUCAUAUUUCUCUUCAACAUCUCCGCGUCCAUUCGACAGCGGGCCGGAGCUUCCAAAAUCCUAAUAUGGCUCUUAUUUGGCAUAGUGAUAGCAGUUUCCUACUUGGUAGAUUUCUUCUCUGAUUGGUUAAGUGGCGUGCAGGAGAACGUAGCUACGGGUUUGAGUUUAGAGGCAAUAGCUCCGGUGCUGUUUUUGAUUGGUGUUUGGGGUGGGGGUUUGGUUAGGCGGUGCGUUUUGGAAAGGGAAAGAGUGAGGGGAGAGAGGAGCGAAAUGGGGAAGAAGAAUGUGAAGGGAAAAGGAGUGCCGGAGGAGGUGGAACUAUCGAGGAUUUGA